AUGGCGCGUCUUCUCGCCGCAACGGCUUGUAUUAUACACCUAGUCACAGCUCAGCAAAUCGGGAAAAUCCCAGAAAUACACCCUAAGCUGCAAACAUGGACAUGUACUACGCUAUCUGGCUGCCAGAAGCAAGAUACCUCAGUUGUAUUAGACGCACUCUCACACCCACUUCACGAAAAAGGCAACAGUGACAUCUCAUGUGGAAACUGGGAUACAGGUCUCAACGAAACUCUCUGCUCUACGCAACAAUCUUGUGCAGAGAAUUGCGUUCUCGAGGGUACCGAUUAUUCUGCACAUGGAGUUCAAACAAAAGGCGACAGUCUUAUAUUGCACCAAUACCUGACGACCGAUGGAACAGUUAGUUCCGUCAGCCCGCGGGUAUAUUUGCUCGAUGAAACCGGGAAAAGCUACGAUAUGCUCCGAUUACUCAACCAGGAGAUCAGUUUUGAUGCAGAUGUAUCCUCGCUUGUGUGCGGGAUGAACGGGGCAUUAUAUCUCGCUGAAAUGCUAGAGUCUGGUGGACGGGGAAAGUUGAAUCCUGCAGGUGCGCAGUAUGGGACUGGAUACUGUGAUGCGCAAUGCUCGGACGAUCCGUGGAUCAACGGUGUGGCGAAUAUUGAUGGGAAGGGAUCAUGUUGUAGCGAGAUGGAUUUAUGGGAAGCAAAUGCGCGAGCGACUGCAUUUACGCCGCAUGCGUGCAAUAUCACGGGUGUGUAUGAAUGUGCUGGAGACCUCUGUGGAAGUGAUGGGGUUUGUGAUAAGUCGGGAUGUGGAUUUAAUCCUUACGCGCUGGGAGACCAUGACUAUUAUGGGUAUAAGGAUGUGGUAGAUACAACGCGUCAAUUUACUGUUGUGACGCAGUUCAUCACAGAUGACCAUACUGCGCGAGGAACCUUGAGUGAGAUUCGGCGCUUGUAUGUGCAAAAUGGCAAGGUGAUUCAGAAUGCAGUCGUUGAUGUAUCCGGGGUGGAGGUCGAUUCAUUGACAAAUGAUUAUUGCUCGACGUCUGCGAGCUACUUUCAGAGUAUGGGAGGCUUGAAGCAGAUGGGCAAAGCGCUGGGUCGAGGAAUGGUUCUGAUCUUCAGUAUUUGGAAUGAUUCGGGUGCCUUCAUGAAUUGGCUUGACAGUGGUAGUGCCGGACCAUGCAACAGCACCGAGGGAAAUCCUGCUCUGAUCCAAGCCCAGCAUCCGUCGACAUCAGUGACAUUUUCAAAUAUACGAUGGGGAGAUAUUGGGUCAACAUUUAGUGGGAAGCUAUGA